AUGCGCUCCUCUGUUGGAUCUCAUCUCACGUGAGAGAGCGAAUUUAUACUAAAAUCCUUGUAAGCUUGAAAAAAAAAAGGCGCAUCUGAAUUAUACGGACAUACAAAAAAUAUGUAUUUCCUUAAUAAUCUUGAUCGCUUCCUUUAAUAAGAGGAAACCGUUCGAUUUAGAUCGAACGGUCUGAAAACGGUCAGUCCGUUGAUGUUAGCAUUUAAAGGCGAGUUUAACCGCCGUUAACGGAAAGUAACCAAAGGUCAUUGAAUUAAUAUUAAGUAAUUGCUGGUCCGCAGGAAAAUAAAAAUUGUCAUGAUUGCAUUUUAGCUCCUAUGUUUACAGCAUCGUUACGAAGAACCCUGAAACUAACCAGGAUAGAACAGUUGUGCCACCCGCGGGCGUUCGAAUCGAAGGGUAUAACUUUUCGUGGAGCUUCUCCCAACCAGGGAUUCCACGAAGGGAGCCAUCGCCCCGAGUCACUGAUCCGCGUCGUCGAAGUGGAUUCUUCCUCCCCUGUUACCUUGAUCACACCUCUCCAUCUUCGUUUUGUCGAUCACUGAGGAGAUAUUUGCAUAAAUCCGACAUUUGCUCGGAGAUUUUGAGGUAAAGGAGGUACGCGCGUUAAAUUGAAAAAUUAAUUCAUAGAAGAAUCCAGUUAUGAAUCGUUUUCAAUAUUUUUCCGCCUCAGAUGGGGAUGCAGGGAGGCCUAAUAUCCGUGCGAAGGUACAUCUCCUAGCACGUCUUCGCGUGUCCCCUUGUGUCCAUGCGAAUCUGCUUUCCGAUACCCGGUGAGCAUCUGAUAUGCGCUGUGUGAUGCGAGCAGGUUGAUCGGGAGAAAUGCCGUGGCUGCUGGCUGCCUGUCAAGGAACUAUGGGAGGACCUUCUGCAGCGUCGUGGAAGGAGGCGAGUCCAGUUCCUGCCCCAAGGCAGAGGAUAAGACUGUAAUAUUCUUGGCGUGGUUUCUUCGGUUUUCUUAAUCCGUGUCUCCUCUCGCGUUUGACUCUUGUUUCAUUAUUAACAUAGGAUUACCGAUUAUUUCAUUUUUCAUGCCAUGCCUUAGCCGUAGAGCUAACCAGAUUUGCCAUUUUAGGACCAGGGGGAGAAAUUUGAAAGGACAUCGAAGGCUGAACCGUAUGACAUUGCGAUUGUUGGCGGAGGCAUGGUAGGAAUGGCUUUUGCGUGCGCACUUUGUACGUACUUGUCACUUCCUCAAAGCUUAUCAUAUCAGCUGCACUAAUAAUUUAAUGCUAUCAUGGAAAACUAAAUGUGACGACAAUUUUUGUUGCUUCUGUUUGAACAGUCAUUCAUUGAAUUUUUUCUUGUCGCACAGCUAUUACCUCAAGGAUAAUUCUGACCACAUUUGAUUUUAUUUACGAAAUCAAUGAACUGCCAAUGCCGCAAGAUAAGUAAUCAAAAGCAUGGUGAUUCUGGUCCUGCAGGGGGGGGAUAAAAUCUGUAUAGAAGAACAAUAAAAUUUAUGAGAUUAUUUUUACUUCCACUGGUAGAUCUAAUUCAGUCGCGGGCUGUUGUAAUUGUUGACUUUUUCUGGACUAGACUGGUUUCAGGAAUCAAAUAAUGGAGGAUGUAUGCCAAAAAGUUUUCCUAACGUUUUCUUUAUGCAAUCCCACCAAAUUGGAAUUUUAAAAGAAUUAUAACAGCAAUAACACAUGUUGAAGAUAAACUAGUUUUACUAAUAUAAAUUUUUGGCACCAAUAAUAAAAAUGAUGCAUUGAUUCAUCUCGGAAAUUUCUUGGUGUUUGAUAUUGGCAUACUAGCCGGAGGAGAAGAAUCAAUCAUAUCUUUUCCAGCCUACAAGGCUGAGUUAGUCCAAUAGAUGAUGCUUAGUUAUUAUCAUACUUGAUAAAUGUGUUAGAGCAAUUUUUUGAUGAUGUCUCUACUAGAAUAAAAGAUCGAAAUUUCUAGAUUCUGUGUCCAAGAUGACAUGAUGAAGUAAUAAUUUCGAUGUUACAUUUAUUUCUUAGGCAACCUAAUGUGACACUUCUUCUUCUCUGCCGAAAAUGAUUCUGAUUUCUCUGGUUCGGGUUAACUGGUAACCCUAAGUUUCGUAUUUAUUUGAUCGUUUCAGAAGUUAUAUUGUAUCUCUGAUUUAUUGCAGCAAGAAAUCCAAUGACCAAGCACCUGACCGUGGCAAUCAUUGAUAACAAUCCUGCCUUGGGUUUCAAAACUAGUUUCAAAAGAAGCGAGAUACCAGAUCCAAGGGUCAGUACAGUGACACCCGCCACUAUUUCCUUCUUCAGAGGUAAGUUACUUUUCACGCACGUUGACUAUCUCUGUCAGCUAAUUAUGUUGAUUAAUUUGGAAAUUUUGAUUACUAUAUAUAUAUAUAUAUAUGUAUAUAUUGGCUCGAAACUUCCAGAUGUACUUCGUAAAAUUUCUGGCAGCUGCAAGAUUAGCUUCUAGAAGAUCUAACUUGGUUACAUUUCAGAUGUUUAUGCAGAUACUAUUUUACUAAAGUCCCAAAUAGCUUGUGGGUCACAAUGUUAAUAGAAUUUUUUUCCGCCGGUAAAUAUAAAAAAUGCAAUGCAUAAGUGAGUUGGAGCCUGAUCUUAUUCGUCCUGGUGAUAUUUAUCCUUCUACUUUGCAGAUAUCGGUGCCUGGGAAUAUGUUCUGCAGCAAAGGCAUGCAUACUUUGAUAAGAUGCAGGUGACUACUGAACCUCUAGUCAUUAACGUAUUUUUUAUUAUAAUAAUUACGCAAUCAUAUGUAGAGCCUUUGUUACUAACCUUGGGCACAUAAAUGCAAAUGUUUCUGAGAAUUCAAACAGUUCCUCGUUUCCAUAAGGUAAUCUUUCCCUUUAUAGGUCUGGGACUACACUGGGUUGGGAUACACCAGGUAUAAUGCCAGAGAUGUGGGAAAGGAAUGCCUUGGGUAAUCCGCCUUCCAUUCCAUCUUUCUGUUUCUGGUAUCUCGGUGGCUCUUACUGCUUUAACUGAAUGUGUUUGACUUUCAGGUGCGUGGUCGAGAACAAAGUACUCCAUUAUUCUCUGUUGUCUUCCUUCCAGGUGAUUCGUCAACCAUCCUUUUUUUUUUCUUUUUCUCCAUCCAGUUUUAUUCAUUUCGCUUUUGAUUGAAACGUUACCGAUACGAUGGGAUGCAUUAUACAUUAUGAAUGGCGUUGACUUAAUAUUUUUCGUCGCUGAUUUCCACUCUCUGGUCUGAUCCUUGCGCAGUCUGGGGCAGAGCUCCAGUGGGCCCUCUACCCUGCCAGGUUGUCCUCCAUGACCGUCCCAUCGCCUCGUUCCGUUUCAAGCAGGAUCAUGAGUCAACUAGAAGACUCACCGAGCGGAAGAUUCGUGAAGCUGGACCUCAGCGACGGAAACACCCUCCAUGCCAGAUUGGUGGUAAUCAGCGACGGGAAGCCUCAGGCAUCUGUUUUUUUCUUUUUCCCAUUUUUGAUGAGCUCUCCGGAAGGGGAUCGAUUACUGCAGGUGGGAGCCGACGGAUCGAAGUCAAACGUCAGGGAAAUGGCGGCACUAAAGUCAACGCAGAGGAGCUACUCUCAGAGCGCGAUCAUCUGCACCGUGGAGCACGCCGUCGAGAACGACUGCGCGUGGCAGCGGUUCCUCCCCUCCGGACCCAUCGCCCUCCUCCCCGUGGGUGACAGAUUCAGCAACGUCGUCUGGAGUAUGCGCCCUGAGGAAGCUUCUGCUCACAAGUCCAUGGACGGUGACGAUCUGGCCAAGGCCAUAAACCGCGCCAUGGAUGACGGCCACGGCCCCCAGCCCGGGUCCGGCGUUCUCGGGGGUUACGUGGAGAGAAUCUCUAGCUUCACCAGUUGGUGGGGCCCUUCCUCUUCAGCGGCGGAACCCUUCCGGGCCCCACCGAGGGUGACGGCAGUGGCGUCAGAGAGGAUGGUGUUCCCCCUCUCACUGAUGCACGCCCAUGAUUACGUGACGAGGCGGGUGGCGCUUGUCGGCGAUGCGGCCCACACCGUCCAUCCCUUAGCGGGCCAAGGAGUCAACAUGGGCUUUGGGGACGCGUCCGCCCUCGCCAAAGUCAUCGCCGAGGGCGUCUCCGUGGGCACUGACCUCGGAGAGGUAAAUGCCAUUUUAAAAAAAAACAAAAUUCUAUAUUUGGCCUUAUGGGCCUCGGCCCAUUAUUAUUUAUUAAUGUUUUCUGUAUUAUUUUUUUCUCAGUUGACUCUGUUGAAGAGGUAUGAGAAGGAGAGGAAGGCGGGCAAUGCGACCAUGAUGGCGAUUCUGGACGGGUUCCAGAAGGCCUUCGCCGUCGACGCCGGGCCACUCAAUCUACUGAGGGCGGCGGCCUUCCACGGUGCCCAGUACAUCCCGCCCCUUAAGAGGAACAUCAUCUCCUACGCCAGCGGCGACCAGAAGUGGCCUCUCUUCUCUUGA